AUGUCAUCAAAUCAGAUGGCAACAUCGAAUGAUAACCAUCAAACAGAUUCAUCACAGAUUAUUAUUCCACCAUCAACAAAUCAACAACAACAACAGGAUGUUCCAGUUAAUUCAUCAUCGACAAUAUUUCACGUUGCUCAAGUGACUACUGCUAUCAGCCCACUCGAUAACCAUCAACCAGAAGAUAGUCAAACAGUAAAACCUAAAUCAGUACCGUCGACUAAGACGUUACAAAGUCGUCAAGAUCAAAAUGUAUUAAGACGUAAAUCAAAAUCAACAGUGGCUACUCAUGUAAUUGAUGGCUGGACAAUUCAAGAAAGUUUAAAACCAUUUCAACAACAAGAGAACAAGUCAUCAUUAUCAUCAUCAAAAAAACGAGUUCAACUAAUCUUUACUGAAAACCCUAAUGUUCAUCAAUGGAAUAUCGAUGAAGUUUGUUCAUUUUUCGAAUAUGUACUUGGUAAAAAUUGUUAUGCAACAAUAAUCAAAGAGCAUCUUAUUGAUGGAACAGCUCUUCUCCUUCUUAAAGAAGAACAUUUGAUUAACACGUUCAAAAUGCCAGUCGAACUUCGACUUGAACUACUCCAGAGAAUUGAUAAACUUAAACAUGGUGAUCUUUCUUUAUUGUGA